UCAUCUGAUCCCGCUCCGUAGCCCCGCCUCUGCAGCCCGAUCUGUAUUUAUAGCUUAUUGCAACGGCAGCAUUCUGUCAGUCAGUCAUUCAGCGAGUGAGUGAGUAACUCUAGUGUAAGAUCAUCAGCGGGUCUCUCAGCUCUCGCUCUCUCUCUCCGCAUCCAGACCGGACCAGCAUGACGGAGACCGCGUCAGACCCCGCUCCAGGCGCCGCGGAGGAGCCAGAGGCGAAGCAAGAGAACGGGGACUGCGCAGCGGACGCGCCGCGGCAGACGGACCCCCCGGAGGGCGGCUGGGGCUGGGUGGUGAUGCUGGCCUCGAUGUGGUGCAACGGAUCGGUGUUCGGUAUCCAGAACGCGUUCGGUAUCCUGUUCGUGUCUCUGCUGGAGAAGUUCGGCAACGAGAACGACGAAGACCUCCGCUUCAAAACAGCAUGGGUCGGCUCUCUCUCCAUGGGCAUGAUCUUCUUCUGCUCGCCGAUCGUCAGUGUGUUCACCGAUCUGCUCGGCUGCCGGAUUACAGCAGUUGGAGGGGCAGCAGUGGCAUUUGUGGGACUUCUGGCCAGUUCCUUUGUCACGUCUCUCGGGCCGUUGUACUUCACCUACGGCAUCGUCUUCGCCUGUGGCUGCAGCUUUGCGUAUCAGCCAAGUCUAGUGAUCCUGGGUCACUAUUUCAAGCGGAGGCUUGGCCUGGUGAACGGCAUUGUGACGGCGGGCAGCAGCGUGUUCACCAUCACGCUCCCGUACAUGCUGACCGGCCUGCUGAAGAGCGUGGGACUCGCCUACACACUGCGUGUGCUGAGCAUCUUCAUGUUCAUCCUCAUGCUGGCGGGAUUCACCUACAAACCCCUGCUGCCCAAACCCGUCAGCAGCAGCAAGUCGGGCAGCCGCUGUCCCUCGCUCAAGAGAGUGUUUAACGUGCACAUCUGGAGGUCUCUGGGAUACCGCAUAUGGGCCUUUGGGAUCCCUGCAGCCCUGUAUGGAUACUUCGUGCCUUACGUUCAUCUGAUGACGCAUGUGGAGGAGCGCUUCGGUGUGAAUGCUAAUAAAGAGAUUCUGCUCACCUGUAUUGGCAUCACGUCUGGAGUGGGUCGUCUGCUCUUCGGGAGAGUGGCCGACUACGUCCCUGGAGUCAACAAAGUCUUCCUGCAGGUGUCCUCGUUCCUGGUGAUCGGGCUGAUGUCCAUGAUGAUUCCUCUGUGUCAUGUGUUCGGUGGACUCAUUGCCGUGUGUCUGCUCAUGGGUCUGUUCGACGGCUGCUUCAUCUGCAUCAUGGCUCCCAUCGCGUUCGAGCUGGUGGGCUCCCAGAACGUGUCGCAGGCCAUCGGCUUCCUCCUGGGCAUGAUGUCUGUCCCCAUGACCGUCGGGCCUCCCAUCGCAGGGUUCCUCAGAGACCGUCUGGGCAGCUAUGACGUGGCGUUUUACCUGGCAGGCAUUCCUCCGAUCAUCGGUGGGGCCAUGCUGUGCCUGAUCCCGUGGGUGGAGGCACGGAGGAGGAGGAAGGAGGCGCAGCUGGUGGCCGAAGCCACCGAGAAGAUGCUGGAGAGCAAGAACGGCACGGAGGUCAAGGUGAAGCCCGAAGAUACAGAGUCCGUCAUCUGAGAGUGUUUACAGCGGACAGACAGAUGUGUGUGUGUGUGUGUGUGUGUGUGUGUGGAGAGUCGAUGUGAUUUUCUAUCCCUGCAGGAACAUGCAGACUGGGCAUAAAACAGGGCUUCUCCAACUAUGUGAUUUAUGAGCUAUGCAUCUUUCAGAAAGUUUCCUUGAAUAUUUUUGUACUCCGCUUCUAGGCUUCAAAAGGGAAGUGAAAGUUAGACAAUCGUCGGUUAAGAGGGGAAGAUGUUUGCUGGUGCUUUGAUGGAUGUAAGCCCUGAGAGAAGAAUCAAGGGAUUUUAUUUUAACCCACUUUUCCUUUACUCUUAUAAUCUAGCUAUGCAGUGUUUUAUGUCAGACUAUAUGAAGUCGCUCAUAUAUUGUGUUGAAGGGAACGUCAGCCGUGCCAUAUGUAAUUGUUUCCUCCUCAGCUUGGAAGAUUCGAAAGAUGUUUUUGCGAAUGCACACUUCAGCCGUGAGUGUUUAUUAGAGGAAUCUUCACUGCAUGACGACAGUGUUUUUAUAUGCAAUUAUCUAAGAUUUUUAUUUCACUGAGAAAUAACAGUUGAGGAAACAGCUUUAAUGCACAGAGCAGAUUACGCAAGCAGAUGUUUUAUGAUGCCGUCCCAGUGUUCUCGGUAAAGCUUUGCUUUGAUUUUUUUAAAGAGCAUAGUGUUUUAUGUUCGAGGAACGCUGCUCUGAAACGUUUACAGGAUGGUUUCCAUGUGUUUUUGCCCAACCUGAGCAGAUCUCAGUGUUUGACAUUAACUGCGAUUGUUGCUCUUUGAAAUACAUUUUUUUUAACGAUGUUUUAAGAAUCUGUGGUGUCCUUUGCUUAGAUUGAGCUGCCAUUGUGAGCUCAGCUUUAAUAGCGACGUUCAGAUUUACUGCCACUGAGGCCUUGACUGAAAAAGCACAUAUGCCAAGUCCUUUGCUUGAAUUCAGCGACUGAAUAUGAAUGUCCUCUGAUUCCUAGUCACAUGAAACAGUGUUUUCACAGCGUCUUGAGGUGAUGUCAACGUCCCGCUGUUCUCUCGCAGAUAGUCCUCUCGUGAUCUACCUCAGUGAACAUGAUUCUGGAAAUAUCAGCGGAUCAGAGAAGGCAAUCACUGUAAACUCACUUGAAACGAUGGCCACCAAGUUCUCAUACUUCAUACCUAUCCCAUGUUGUGUUCCUUUAGUUUUAUAUCUCUUAUAUCAACUAGCAUUAUUAGUGCCUUGACGACAUGAUUAUUGACAGAUGAAUUAUUGAUUUGUAUGGAAUCUUAACCAGUGGCACAACCAACAGCUUCCAAAGCAAGUAUUCGACUGAUUUCAGUGCGAUUCACAGGAAAGGCAGCCUCAGCAGCAGUACGUGGCGAGAGGCAUCUGUCUGUUAAAUCUGUGGGUUUAUUAUUUUUGAAUCAUUUCCAUGUUUCAGAUUGUCUCUUUUUUACUUUUUGUACAUGGUCCUUUUAUUGUAUUUUUUUUUUCUUUAAUUUAUACUGUUCAUGUAAAUCAUUGUUGUACACCAAACCAGAGAAGGUUUUGCUGCACACACACACACACACACACACACACACACACACACACACACACACACACACACACACACACACGUUUACUUAGCUAUCUAAAUGGGGACAUCCCAUAGGCGUAAUGGUUUUUAUACUGUACAAACUGUAUAUCCUUCACCAAUCCUACAACUACAUGUAAACCUACCCCUCAAAAAAAAGCUUUAAUUAAUUUUUAUACCACUUUUACAAAUGAGGGUGUCCCCAAAGGGAGGUUUUUUGAGAUUUUGUCAGGUUUAGCUUACUUUUGGGUACAUAUUUGUCCCCAAAAUAUGGUUAAGUAGGCGCACACACGCUCUCUGUGAUAUAACCGUGGGUUGUUUUGACGGUCAGCACACAGCCGUGAUUUACUCAGGGUAAUCAUACAUGUCAAACAACUCCAGGCCUCAGCUAAACACCAAAUUAAUGACUUGCGUUCUUGAAGAAUUUAUUGAAAACUUUUUGUCCAUCCAUUUGUGAUUGUAAAAUUAAAAAACGAAAUUUUCUUAAUAAAAAUUAACAACACUUUAACACUUUAUUUUAUAGAUUGUGCACACACUUACCGUGUACUUGCCAGAAGUUAGUUCCUGGUUAUAAUAAGAGUAAGUACACAGUAUGUAUAAGUAGAAAAGCGCUGUAAAAUUAAGUGCUUCUGAGAACAGACUAAUAACAAAAACAGAAUCACUUAGCAAUCGACACGCGUUAGUUUCAUAUCAGUGACCUUGAUCUCUUGACCUGCAUGACUUAUAGCUUCUGUUAUUUUCUGUUGUUGUUGUAUGUACCACACAGUUGGUUAUAAAUACAAUUUUGAACUACAAUAAAGAAAACAUUAUUGGUUGUAUUAAUGACA